AUGGCUGCAGCAUCAGCCCUUUUCUUCCUCACGGCGGCUGUCUCCUGGACAUACUUUUUCAAGGCGACCUCUAAAGAUUAUAUUUGCUACGAGAAGAAAUACUCACUUGAAUCGCUCUGGAAUGCUGUGCGCUACGAGCCGGCGCAGUUCCACCUAGAACCUGAUGUGCCAUCGCCCUUUCGAGGUAAGCCGAGGCCAGAACUGGACGAAGCGUGGGCCAAUGUGACGGAAGGGCACGCUACCCAAGGCGCGGCUAUGCACGGGGACAGCUAUUUGGGGCUCGUCGAGGUUUUCCACCACGUCCAUUGCGUCGAUUUCAUCCGCAAGUACAUCUUCAAAGAGCACUACCCGGACUGGAGAAAUCUCGGAGGCCCACCAGAGGCCGUCUUGGGGCAUGUCGACCACUGCAUAGACCUCCUCCGGCAAAAAGUGCUUUGCGACGCCGACGUUGGCCUCAUGGCGUACUCCUACGACCCCGAGACCAAAUUCGCCAAGGCUCGCACAUCCAACAUGCACAUGUGCCGCGAUUUUCAAGCCAUCAAGGACUGGGCGGCAGGACGGAAGUGGGAGCCGAAGGCUGACUCGGCCUAG